GGGUCGCUGCCCCCGGGGGAGCUUGACGUAUCUUUUGCGUUUCGCCUGCCUGCGUCGAGGUUGUCGAGAUGCGGACAUAAACGUCGUCAGAAAGAGGGGGAGAGAGAGAGAGAGAGAGAGAGAGAGAGAGAGCAGCAGCCGAGCGUCCAAGUGAAAAGUCGGCGAUUAACAAUUUGGCGGCGAAAGUGCGCGCGUCGCGUCAAGAUGUACUUUGGCAACUUGAUAACGGCGGUGUCGCUGCGUAAGUGUUUCUACUUGUCGGCGGCAGUGCUAGUGUUGUCGACCCUCAUGGCGGCGGUGAUAAUCGUCAAGCUGUCGCCGCUCGAGGCGGUCAAGUGUCAGCUGCAGACGGUGACCGCGGCCGUCGAGUGGAGCACGCUGGCCAAUCAGCCUAUCGAUUCCUCGACGACAACCAGCAGCAGCACCAGCACCGCUGCAGCCGCCGUCGCCGCCUCGGCCACGCAAACCUCGCACGAGGGCCGUCGCGAGGGCAACGAGAGGCGCUACCGCGAGAUGCGCGAGCGGAUGGUGCAGAGCAAGGUGGCGAGGAUGUCACGGCGGAUGAGGAACAGGGUGCUGCCGCUGCUGAACGGCAGCGCGCCGGUGGAGGCGAACCCGAACGUGCACAUCUUCUACUACGCCUGGUACCGCUCGCUCGACUACGACGGCGCCUGGCAGCACUGGAACCACGCGAUCCUGCCCAGCUGGAAGAAGAACGACAAGCGGGUGUUCCCCGAGGGCGCGCACUCGCCGCCGGCCGACAUCGGGGCCAACUACUACCCGAAUCUGGGCUGCUACAGCUCGCGCGACCCGCAGGUGAUCGACCUACACAUGCGCCAGCUGCGGGAUGCCGGCAUCGGCGUGGCCGUGGUCUCGUGGACGCCGCCCAGCGCCAGCGACAAGACCGACUCGCUGAUGCCGGACCUGCUGGACGCAGCGCACAGGCACCAGCUCCGGGUGGCGCCCCACAUCGAGCCCUACGCCGGGCGCAACCCCAUCAACCUGAUGGAGCACAUCCGAUACGUGCUCGAGCGCUACGGCUCGCACCCGGCGCUCUGCCGGAUGCGCAGGGAGGACGACGGCGCCGUGUUGCCGGUCAUCUACAUCUACGACUCGUACGUGUUUCCCUCGAGCGCCUGGUGGGAGCUGCUCUCCGAGCGCGGCAACCUCACGCUCCGCGGCACCGAGCUCGACGCCAUCUACAUCGGCCUGCUCGUCGACUCGCAGCACAAGAACCACAUCAAGAAAUCGCAUUUCGACGGCUUCUACACCUACUUCGGCAUCAAUGGGUUCAGCUACGGCAGCUCGUGGAAGAACUGGAAGGACCUCGGCAAGUUCGCCAACCAGAACGGACUGAUCUUCAUCCCGAGCAUCGGCCCGGGUUACAUCGACACGCAGGUACGGCCGUGGAACGCGGAGAACACGCGGCACCGGCGCCACGGCCAGUACUACGAGGUCGCCUGGCGGAGCGCGCUCAACAGCGGCGCCAGCGUCAUAUCCAUCACGUCGUUCAACGAGUGGCACGAGGGCACGCAGAUCGAGCCCGCCAAGCCGGCGAGCAACAAGGAGUUCACGUACCUCGAUUACGAGCCCGAGGGCUCGGACUUCUACCUGAACCUCACCAAGUGGUGGGUGCAGCAGUUCACCGAGAAGCUCAAUGCCGUCAGCUCGGCUCUCAGCUAAACUGCCAAUCGUUCGCGCGGGAGCUGCACCAGACUGAGCUUCUCUUUCCGUUGGCUUUUCUUCUACCUUUGUCGCAGACUUCUUUCCACCGAUUUACCCUUUGGUUGAAAUUACGAUGCGCUUGUAAAUAUGUAAUCGGAUGCUACGCGAUACGAGGAUAUGAUUACGUUCAAUUUUUCGACCAGUGAUAAAGUUAUUAUUACUGCGAUUAUUUCACGUCUAUUUUUGUACUUGCGUUCGAUACGUUCACUGUUAAAUCUAAUUUGGCCAGCUAUAUUUUUGUAACUUUUCAAUAAACCAAGGAGGCGUACCGCAGCGAUGUCCAAUGGGGAAUCGACUAAUAAUGAAAUUCAUGUCGGUCGAUCGAUACGGGAAAACUUUACUUCUAAAUCAACGCUGCAACACGGGUAUGUUAGUGAAAGAGGACCGGUUUUUAUGAUUAAUGAAACGAAGAUUCGCAAGAGAGUACAAUGAACUUAGGACGUUGAAUGUCCCUUACAAUUCUUUCGAUUGCCAUAUUCGAAGCCAAUAAUAGGAAUUAAAACACGAUCGAGAUUAUCGCACACUUCUCAUCCACGACUUUUUAAAUGACUUUUACAUGCACCCUCUUUACAGAUUUACCAACGAGAAUAAAGUUACUUCGCACAAGGUACACUGUUACUACUCGCAAAUUCAAACAAAACAUUUCUACUUUUAUCUCUCUUCGCGCACGGCAACGCAUCCCGCUGCCACCUUUCUUAUAAUAGAAUUUUACGCUAGAAGGAAAAUCAAAUCUAAACUUUCCAAUUUUUCAACAUAAACAAGUUAAUGGAAAACUGAGCUCUUCGACCAGGAACGUCGUCUUUUCGUAGAUUGUUCGUAUGCCACGACGACUGCGGCUUUCCGACGAUCGUGUCUCCUCGCUCGGCCGACCACACGCUGAUCUUCGCUACUCGAGCGCGAGACAGCUGCCGUUGUCACACACGUUUACAUGUAUAAUAAUUGAUGCGGGGGCCAGGCUGACUGAAAUCUUCCGUCGUUCAUUUUUCCUUUUCUUUAUCGAGAGGUGAAACGAAAAAUACUCGACCAAAAGAAGCAAUUUAUUCGACCGACGGGGAGAAAACUGAGGGAGCGCCAUUGCUCCUUCGACCAAAGAUGAUACAAUAAUACUACGGUUCGCUGCGAACGGACGCGAAGGAUAAAUUAUAAUAAGCCCGUUCUAUCUUUGAAGCUGCGGUUGCGCCUGAUCGUUCUCGUUUACGUGUUACAAAUACAACCGCGUUCGUUCUCUUCGACGUGCUUUCGGCUUUUCCAAAGGUGCAACGUAGCUGAAAAAGCGUAAAUGUGUAUUAUACAUAGACAAUAACCAGUCCCUGUCCCACUUCGUAACAGGGUAAUCUUCCUGUAUGAUUGUCGAGCUCGAGAGUUAACAGGAAAACAAGUUUCUGCCGAAUCGAAUUAAGGGAAGGCCCUGGCCUUCCGAUGACCCGCGGAAACCAGGUUUUUCCGCGCGAAACUUCUCGCGUGUAAAAUUGCAUGUCGAUAUUCGAUUAUCGUACGAGAUUGAAGUGUCACCGGCCGUAUGUUUUAGAGGCGUCGUCUUCUUUUUGCCCGAAUAUUUUAACGUGCGUCACGUGAUAAGUCCGCCAAAAGUCAAAACUGCCCCAGCAAGCGAGAUUUCGGGCGCUGUCCCACCUCCCCCUUCUUUUCUUGUUUGUCCCUUUGAAAAAUCCUCUAAAUUUGGAGUUCAGGCCUACACGUCAUUGGGAAAUUACAAAAAGUGUCCGGAGUAGUUGGAGACGUCGACAUAUCGUACUAUGGCUGUCAGAUUAACAGCUUCAGACGCUCACAGGGUUUUUUCGUAGACAGUAAAAACUUUACAUGGUGAAAAUCGUUCGCUUUUCUUUCCGAGAUUCGUUGACGAUGAAUUGUAAUUUCACGGUAAAGAAAAAACUUCACUGUCGUGGUCUCUUGCGAAGGAAGAUCAAAUGAAGAAGAAGAAUGGCUAAAAUUAAGAAUAAUACACGCUCGACGCGUCACAAUCGCGAUUCAAGCGAUGUACAAUAUUUUUCGGGACUUUGGAUUUGCGCUAAAAUAUAUUGCUCGUUAUCUCUUAUACAUAUCGUUCUAUAUAUUUAACGCACAUCAAUAGAGAUUAAAAAAAUGGCGUAGGUGAUAGCGAGAGUGAAUGAGGGUGACGAUGAUGUGUUUUGAAUUGUGUACGUGAUUUCUCGACAAAGAGCGCGAAAGAUUGUGUAGCUUAAUCAUUCAUUUUUUCUGAACAUAAUUAGAUAAGAAAAAAUAAACUUAAACCCAUUUGUAAACCCCAUUAAAUCGCUGCGUUGGUGUUGAAACGAGCAGGAAUUUAUUGGUGAGAAACUGAAUGAAAAAAAAACGUUCAUUCUGGCUAAAUAACCGAGAAUAAUGUAGAGAUUAUAAACAAAGGAUUAUUAAUGAUGUCACUCGACCUUAUGUAAAACAACAACAAAAAUGGCAAAUAUACCUGCAUGAAAUAAA